UGGCUCUGCGCUGGCUUCGCUGGUGCCGAGCCUGAGGUGGGGGUGCUGGGGAGCACGGCCCGGGCACCCUGACGCCGCAUGACUAACGCCAACAGAUGGGGCGUCCUGGCCGGGCAGCACCCAUGCUUGCCUCAGCACCGCGUGAGCCAGCUUUGGCAUCUUCGCUUUGUAUAACGGAAGGUAGCCAUACCCAGUCUUCUGAGAAACUGCCACGAAAUGGCCAUUUUUUUGGCUGGAGUCACUAUAGAAACCAAAGCUUGGCAGAGAUAUCGUGGUCUUGGCAAAACUGGUAUGCUGGUGCUGUCUCUUCUGCAGUAUUUUAGACCUUCUGGCAGAAAUUUUGUCUUCUGGCAUGAGACUUAUUUAAUCUGUGGCACGGAUUAUGGAUCGUUGACAACCCUUAGCCAUAAUGCAGCAGGCCAGGACUCCAGCCUGCUGUGAUCUAGCUUGCUGUAAUCCGCGUCACUGUUCGGAAGAGUGUUCUGGCUUUGAACAGUUGGAUUUUGCUCUGUGUUUAUAUGCUGGCUCUCCUUGUAGUUCAUGUCCUCAGGCUUUUCUGGCACUGGAAAGGUAUAGGCUUUUUUCACCUCUGCCUCCAGUCGAUCUUUUUUGGUAUUUUUUUUGUCCUAAUAUAUUUUGAAUGAUGUGAUUGUCACUUUAUGUCCAUGUAGAAAGCUUUCUUCCUAGUUAAUGUUAGCCUAGUGGUUUAAUGUGGUGGACUUGCCUCCUUAGCUUUUGAAGAAACAAAGAACUCUUUGUUACUAAAGAGUUUUUGAAAUCAGACUUGCACCAAUGGAAAGAAUGAGUGAAUGAUGAAUUUUAAAUGAAUGACCUUGAUUUUAUACCAAAAAAUGGAAUCCAAGUUCACACCAAUCUCUCUGGUUCCUUUUCUCACCUUGCAGAUCUUGAUUUUGUGCUCUUGACAUAGACAUUUUAGAUUUUUUUGUUGUUGUUUAGAUAAUUGUAAGUGAAAUGAGAAAGCAGUACAAAGAAAGGGAAGCUUCUUGGCCACUCAAGUGGACUGUGCAUAUAGUAUGUUAUGUGGUGGUUUCAGGCUCAGUUGCUGAGGCGCUGGAGGUCCUAGUUAGUGCUAAGACGUUUGAAUUUCCUCAAUAAUAUACUUAAAAUUAACAUAUGAAAUGUGAAGGCUAACUGUUGAAAGUGUCUGUUGUUUGCAUUUCUUCUAAGUGAAAUGAUAGUGUGUAUAUGUUGUUGCAGUUGCAAGUUACUUUUUAUUUGGGCAUACUGCUUGUGUUCUAUCUGUCGGUCAGAGUGCCUCAAUGCUAGAACAACUUAAAUUGAUCUAUUUUCAGAGAGUUAAAAGUAAGUGCGUGUCUAAAGCCUUUUGAAGAGCAGUAGCUGAAAGUAUUUUAUACAAACCUAGGAAGAUGCUAUAUAAACACAUAGUUUAGGAAAAUAAUAUUUUAAAUCUGGAAUUAACACUUCCAAGUUGUUGUAGUGAAGGCAUUUUUCCAUCAUCUGGAUGGAGGCCUUUGGAAGCACUGCCUCUUGAAGACUUCUGAAUGUGGCACAAAAAGGAGGACACCAACUGAAAACAAUGAGCCCUGUGAAAAGAAGAUGAAGGCACUACAAAAUACUGUGGAAGACAUCUCUAACCCACUGAAGGUUCUGGAUAAAAAAGAACAACCUCAGAAGUGUGAAAAGUCCCGUAUAUGUUUGCAAACUCUAGACAGAUUGAGAGAAUUCUCCAGUGAUUCAGACCAGCUAUGUAACAGAGUCCAGGAGGACAGUUUUCAGGAGAAAGAAUCUAUGAGUUUGGAAAAAUGCCCCAAUAUUAUGGGGAGAAGUUCAGAAAUGAAAAGCCCUCUUCAGUCUUGGGACACUAGUCCAAAGGUUGCACAGAAGGAGGAGUCACGCUGUGAUCUUAGUCAGUUUUCUGCAUCUCUUAAGAGUUAUGAAAAUACUCAAAAUACUUCAGAUGUAAGCCUUAACAAGAGAACCAAGAGCAUUUACACUCCGCUAGAACUUCAGUUCAUAGAAAUGAAGAAACAGUAUAAAGAUGCUGUUUUGUGUGUGGAAUGUGGAUACAAAUAUCGCUUCUUUGGAGAAGAUGCAGAGAUUGCAGCUAGAGAGCUAAACAUUUAUUGUCAUCCAGAUCAUAACUUUAUGACUGCCAGUAUACCAAGCCACAGACUGUUUGUCCAUGUGCGGCGACUUGUAGCGAAAGGAUAUAAGGUUGGAGUAAUAAAACAAACGGAAACUGCAGCACUGAAAGCUGCUGGAGAAAAUAAAAGCUCUCUCUUCACCCGGAAACUGACUGCUCUCUAUACGAAAUCUACGCUUAUUGGAGAAGAUGUGAACCCUUUGCUGAAGCUGGAUGAUUCUGUAGAUGUUGAAGAGGUGACAACAGAUGUCCCUGAUAACUACCUCCUCUGUAUCUGUGAAAAUGGAGAAAACUUAAAAGACAGGAAGAAAGGUGAUGUUGCUAUAGGCAUUAUGGCAGUCCAACCAACUACUGGAGAAGUCAUUUUUGACAGUUUUCGGGACUGUGCAUCUCGCUUAGAAUUAGAAAGUCGGGUUUUGCGCCUGCAGCCAGUUGAACUAAUACUUCCAUCCAGCUUGUCAGAUCAAUCUGAAAAGCUCAUCCACAGUAUAACCUCCAUGAGGUUACGAGAUGACAGAGUUAGAAUUGAAAGGAUGGAAAACCUCCAUUUUGAAUACAGCCAUGCUUUUCAGCUGAUUACUGAUUUUUAUGCAAGGGAAGUGCCUGAGAUUACAGGUUCUCAAAAACUAUCUAUAAUACUAAGCUUGGAUAAGCCUGUUAUUUGCUCUCUGGCAGCAGUGAUUGCAUACCUCAAAGAAUUUAAUUUGGAAAAGAUGCUUUACAAUCCAAGCAAUUUCAAACGGAUGUCAAGUGAAACUGAAUACAUGACAAUUAAUGCGACAACAAUGAAAAAUCUUGAAAUUUUACAGAAUCAGACUGAUAUGAAAACAAAAGGAAGCCUACUCUGGGUCUUGGAUCAUACUAAAACUUCCUUCGGACGUCGGAGACUGAAGAAAUGGGUAACCCAGCCUCUUAUGAAAUGCAGUGAAAUAAAUGCCCGGCUUGAUGCUGUGUCUGAAAUUCUCCUCUCAGAAUCCAGUGUGUUUGGUCAGAUUCAAAAUCUUCUUUGUAAGCUGCCAGAUAUAGAAAGAGGACUCUGCAGUGUUUUUCACAAAAAGUGUUCAACCCAAGAGUUCUUCUUGAUAGUCAGCACCCUGUCUCGUCUGGAGCUGGAAAUUCAAGCUCUUGUUCCAGUCAUACAUUCUCACGUGAAAACUCCCCUUUUACAAAACACGCUGUUGGAAAUCCCAGAAUUUCUCUCCCCAGUAAAACAUUAUUUAAAGAUACUUAAUGAAGAAGCAGCGAAGUCUGGAGAUAAAACCCAACUGUUCAAAGACCUUACAGACUUCCCUGUCAUCAGGAAGAAGAAAGAGGAAAUCUUGGAUGUGCUUUCUAAAAUCCAAUUACAUCUGCUGGAAAUACGUAAACAGAUAAAGAAUCCUUCUGCAGAUUAUGUUACAGUUUCUGGUCAAGAGUUUCUGAUAGAAGUCAAGAAUUCCCUUAUAUCUUCUGUGCCAUCUAACUGGGUUAUGGUUAGCAGCACAAAAGCUGUCAGCCGUUUCCACUCUCCUUUUAUUAUAGAAAAUUACAGACAUCUGAAUCAGCUUCGGGAGCAGCUAGUCCUUGACUGCAGUGCUGAAUGGUUAAAUUUUCUAGAUCAUUUUAGUGAACAUUAUCACCCUGUGUCUAAAGCGAUUGGUCACCUAGCAACUAUUGACUGUCUGUUCUCAUUGGCCCAGGUGGCUAAACAAGGAGACUACUGCAGACCAAUUGUGCAAGAUAAUCAGAGAGAAAUUAUUAUAAAAAAUGGCAGGCACCCUGUGAUUGAUGUACUACUGGGAGAACAGGAUCAGUAUGUUCCAAACACCACUAACCUUUCAGGAGAUGGUGAAAGGGUCAUGAUAAUAACUGGACCCAACAUGGGAGGUAAGAGCUCCUAUAUAAAGCAAGUUGCGUUGAUCACAGUCAUGGCACAGAUUGGUUCCUACGUUCCUGCGGAGGAGUCGAGAAUUGGUGUUGUGGAUGGUAUUUUUACAAGAAUGGGGGCGUCAGACAACAUUUACAAAGGCCGAAGUACCUUUAUGGAGGAACUGACAGAUACUGCUGAGAUAAUAAGAAAAGCAACCUCAAGAUCAUUAGUCAUUUUGGAUGAACUAGGAAGAGGAACUAGCACUCAUGAUGGAAUUGCUAUCGCUUAUGCAACACUUGAACAUUUUAUUAGAGAUGUGGAAUCACUGACACUGUUUGUCACUCACUAUCCCUCAGUUUGUGAGCUAGAAAAGGUGUAUCCAGAAAAAGUUGGCAAUUACCACAUGGCUUUCUUGGUGAAUGAGGAGGAAAGCGGUGAACAGAAAGGAUCUGAAGAUGGAGAGAAUCCUGAAUUUAUCACUUUUCUUUAUCAAAUAACCAAAGGAGUCAGCGCAAGAAGUUAUGGGCUAAAUGUUGCCAAACUGGCAGAUGUUCCUGAAGAAAUCUUGAAGAAGGCAGCUCACAAAUCAAAGGAGUUGGAGGGAUUAGUGAAUACGAAAAGAAAAAAGCUAAAGUCUUUUACUGAAGUGUGGAAGAUAAAUGAUUCUCAGGAACUACAGAGAUGGAAAAGUGCGUGUGAACCUGAAGAUGAAAGAAAGGAUGGUUUUUAAUCUUCCAAAUCCUGCUUAAAAAUGGAAGAUAGCGGAAAUGUAAAGCGUAGGUCUGGGAGUAAUAGAUUCUAUCAGGGUUAAAUUCUCAAUGCAUUGAGUUGACUUUUCUACCUUUUGAGAGAUAAGAGCAUUGUGAUACGAAGCAUAGCAUCCAUUUCCUGAUUGUAUGUAAUUUUCUCCUUCCACAUUACUUCUCCAAAGUGUUUUCCACUCUUUUGCUUAAUUGCAAAAUGUCUAUUGGCAUUGGAUUAAGUUUAUAACAUGUUUAGGAAACAUGAAAAUUAAGUUCCUAAAUUAUUAGAUAAUACUUUUAUUAAUAAAAAACUGUCUUUUAACUUUAUUGUGCUUUGAUUUCUAAGGAAAUAUUUCUCUGCAUUGGGAAAAAUGUAGCUGAGUCUUCAUUGACUGACUAUCUCUGUUAUACUGCUGUGCAACCUGUAAGCAUGAAAUACCAUAAGGAGACAUUAUUUUUUGUUCUAGUAUUAAUGCAUUUUAAAAUUCUCUGUUUUGGUAGAGCA